GUAUAGCAUUGUAUAGCAUGGUAUGCGGUUAAAUUAUUGUGCAUAACGCAAAACGUGGCAAUGACGGCAUACUUGCGUGUACGUUCGAAAAUCGAUAGUUAAAUCCAAAGAUCACACUUUGCUCAAUCGAACUUGUUCUGUGUUGAAUAGGUCUUUCUAAAGGCCAUACCAAUAUACAUAACCAGAGGAUGUUAAACGUAAACUGUUUAUGGUACAAAAGGUUGUAUUGAAACGUUCCAGAGAAAGCAAAUCUAUCGUGUUUAUUACACAUUCAUAUGUGUUCGAAAAUGUUCAAAACAGAUGUUGAAAAUAAAUUACCUAAACCCAAAUUGAACGGUACAAAGAACUGCUUAAAAAAUUAAACAUUAAAUCAUAAUGACAAUACUGAGAACGAUGGCACCUUCAAUAGCAUGACAAGCAGGGCAAAUUAAAUAAAAAAAUAAGUAGCUACUUUUCGUUUUUGGGAAAGUACUAUAAAAUGUAAAUAUUUGUAAGUGCCCUAACAACCAAUAGUCGUGAGAGUGAGUUCGCUGGGAAUGUUUUAUGGAUCAAAAGUGUAAAAAAUUUGCAUACUAGUUUAUCGAAGCGUAACUGAAAUUUAAAUGAGCAGUAUAAAAGUGCGAAAAGUUGACUUUAUCGUUCUCUUUCUUCAAUAUGACACCAUCAAAGAUUAGGUGUUUAAGAAGUUUGUUACCCUUGACAGCGAAAGCGGGAGUAAGAAGUUUAUGUAAUAAAAUAAUUUGUUCCAAAGCAACUAAUGCAGACGUCCAGAAAUUGGCACUCAGCGAUUACGUUUGGAAAGACUUGGAUAAAUGGUCGGACAAGACUGCAUUGGAAUGCGCAGAAACUGGACGAAACUAUUCGUACGAAGACGUUUACAAGAAAUCGAACAAAGUAGCGAACUUUUUGGCAAAUUUGAAAGGACUAAACAAGGAAGAUGUAAUCGCAACGAUUCUUCCUAAUGUUCCCGAAUACGCGAUUAUUGUACUUGGUGCAGCACAAGCGGGGUUGAAAAUAACUCCCCUAAAUCCCGAAUAUACAAAAGAAGAAAUAAAUCACUGCCUCGCGAUUUCAAAACCGAGGAUAAUUUUUACGUUAACAGACUUAUGGCCGAACGUGUCCAGCGCUGUCAGUGCAUUUCCCAAAGUACCAAUUGUUGUUAUGAAUCACCGAAAUGAGGUAAUGGAUAUUCCUUCCGGGGCUAUUAAACUAAGUGAAGUUCUUCAAAACACAUAUCCAGCAAAAAGGCAAACACACGGCUGGAAUGAUGUAAUUUAUCUACCAUAUUCCAGUGGAACAACUGGAUUAUUUAAGUGCAUAGAAUUAACCAAUGAAAAUAUGGUUUCAAGUAUACACCAUCAUACUGUUCCAGAAUUUAAAAUGCAAACACCUACCAAUGCGACCAACCAAGACGUUUUCCCUGCAAUCCUACCGAUGUACCACAUUUAUGGCAUUCACACCAUUCUUCUAAACAUGUCAUUGGGAUGCAAAGCAAUUACAGUGCCCAAGUUUACAACGAAAACGUUUAUAGGCAUUUUAGAAAACACCAGACCGACACACUGCUAUCUGGUGCCUCCUUUAGUACAACUGUUGGUAAAGGAACCACGUAUAAAACCUGAAUACUUAACACGAAUGAGGUCAAUUCAAGUAGGUGCCGCUCCAUUGGGCAUUAACGACGUACGAAGUUUGAACGAAAAAACCAAAGGUAAAGUUCACAUCCUUCAAGGGUACGGCUUGACGGAGACAACAGGCGCAACACAUUGGCAAACACCACACAUCGCAGGCGGUGUGAAAAUGGGAGGUUGUGGCCUAAGCUACCCCACCAUGGAGUGCAAAAUUAAAAACGAGCAAGGCGAAAUGCUUGGUAGUAAUGAAAAGGGUACCGUUUUUCUUCGUGGUUCGCAGGUCUUUAAAGGUUACCUUAAUAAUCCCGAAGCCACCCAGUCGGCAUUAAGCUCAGCAGGCUGGCUAAAUACGGGCGAUAUAGGCUAUCACGACGAAGAUGGCCAUUUAUUCAUUACUGAUAGAUCAAAGGAGAUGAUAAAGGUUAAAGGGCUUCAAGUGGCCCCGGCCGAGAUCGAAGACAUAUUGCGAAGUCAUCCCGAUGUUGAUGAGGCUGCAGUUGUAGGGUUACCGCAUGACCGGUUUGGGGAAGUUCCAAUAGCGUUCAUUGUGACUAGGUCUACGAAACGCAUCGAUCUAAAAAGUAUUGACGAGUUCGUCGCCAGUAAAGUUGCGAAGCAUAAACGCUUACUAGGAGGCAUUGUCGUCACUGACUAUAUACCAAAGACCGCUUCUGGGAAAAUUUUGCGAAGAUAUCUCAAGCGAUUACCUUCGGAAAGAAAAUAUGAAACGAUCUGAAGACCAUUGGCUUCCAAAACUUCGAGACCAAUCGAUCAUUCGCCAAAUACUUCGAUGAAAUUUAAACAAUCUGGUAAAUGAGCAAUGCUAAGCAAUCAAAGCAUCUAAGAGAUAUUUUUCAAUUGAUGUAAUUUACAUCUUUUUUUAACAAAUUAUAAUUAUAAGUAAAAUA